UAGAAACUCAUAUGAUCUCACAGGCGGUCAUAUCAGAGAUAAUUCAUUAUAAACCUGUUCACAUUUACUUUAGCGAAGUGAUAUUUAGAGACAUCAGUUCCCAAAAAAAACAAUGCUCAGAAAUAUCAUUGCAGUUUGUCUGCUUACAUUUGCAACAGCUGCACCGAAUAUUCGCAAUGACUUAAUGACGUGUGAGAUAUGCCAUGUAGCAGUUCAUGACCUUCAAAAGCUCAUGGCGGAAAACGCUACACAGGCAACGAUUGAGCAGAGGUUGCAAGACAUCUGUGAAAGGCUCACAUCCCACGUAGAUGAUUGUUUGGGUUUUGUCAAGUCCAAAGCUCCAGACAUAUUUAAAACAUUGUCACAAAAAAUGGAUCCAGAAACGAUCUGCAUUCUUCUAAAUGUUUGUCCAAAACCACAAGACCCUCGGGAAGAAAGACAAACAAUUAAAAUUGAUACCAAGAAGACAUCUGAAGAACAGGCUAGUCCAUUGGAAUGCGAAAUUUGCAAAUUACUUGUCACUGAAUUAGACAACUUACUGAAAGAAAACAAAUCUCAAGAAAUUGUCAUUGAAACUGUUAACAAGUUGUGCAGUGCUUUACCGGAAUCUUUCAAGAAAUUCUGCGAUGCCUAUGCACCAGAGAUAAUUGAAUUGAUUGUAUCUGGUGUGGAUCCAAAAAAAGCUUGUGACGAACUCAAACUUUGCUCUGAGAAAGAGAGAGAUCAUGCGGGAGCUAAAAAAAGCAAGAUACAGCAACUGCAAGAGGAUCCUAAAUGUGAAAUUUGCAAGUUGAUUGUCAAUGAAGUGGAUUGGUAUAUCAAACGGAAUGCCUCUUCAAAAUCUAUUAAUUCAACAGUAGCGAAAGUGUGCAACAAACUGCCAUCUGUUUUUAAAAUUCUGUGUACCUCUAUGGCUCCGGCUAUCGUAAAACAUCUGGAGGACGGAAUUGACCCAGCAUCCACGUGUGUUUACAUGAAACUCUGCACCCAAGAGACAGAACUCGUUGAAUUCAACCGAAAAGACGAGGCAAAUCCACUGGAGUGUGAAAUUUGCAAAUUAUUGAUCAAUGAAUUGGACAAAUAUUUAGUCACUAAUGCCACAAAAGAUAAAAUAGAAGAAGCUGUAACCAAAUUUUGUGAUAGCCUGCCUGCCGAAAUAAAAGCUUUCUGUGAUGAAUACAAAGAUAAGAUAAUUCAGGCACUAAUUGAUGGCGUAACUGGGGAUGAAAUUUGCAAGCUUAUAAAACUGUGCACAGCAAAAACUGAAGAAUACUUUUCACAAGUUCCAGUUCCAAAAAUUCAAGAAGUUGCUGAUGAAGUCGGGAACCAAAACGGAGGCAAAUAUUGUGACAUCUGUGAAAUCUUAAUGGGUAUCAUCGACACCCAAAUUUCCAUGAACAAAAGCAGCAAAGAAAUUAACUCAACAAUUUAUACCAUAUGUCAAUUAUUUUCACGUGACGUCAUGAUCGUAUGUGAAGCAAUUGCGCCAACCAUUGUGAAGAAGAUUGAAGGAGGAUUCGAUCCACAAACUGCAUGCAAAGACAUUAGACUUUGCGCCGAUACAUUUUCAGGGGUUCUGGACGAUUCCUGGCUAGAUGUCGUAAAUCAGCUAAAAGAACAGAAUGAUAUGAACAAAAAUUUAGAGGAUGCAAAAUGUGAACUCUGUGAAUUCCUUAUAAAUAUAAUAGAUCAAGAAUUGGGACAGAACGCUUCAUUGGAUAAAAUAAACAACACUAUCUAUUCUGUAUGUAACUUGCUUCCGGAUGCAAUCAAAGCUACAUGUGAACUCGUUGCACCUACGAUAGUGAAAGAAUUGGCUAAUGGGCUUGAUCCAUUGAAGACUUGUGAAAAAGUGAAGUUAUGCACAAAUGGCACACUUAAUACAGGUUUGCUACAAGGAUUGAAGGAGCACGUCAACAGGGUUAUAAGGGGUCCCUCUGUGUCAGCCCCACAGGAUGCAAAGUGUGAACUUUGCGAAUUCCUUGUAACCAUAAUUGACAAAGAACUCGGUCAAAAUGCUUCGCUAGAAAAAAUUAACAGUACCAUUUAUGGGCUGUGCAAUCUGCUCCCAGCAGCAAUAAAGCCAGAGUGUGAACUUAUUGCACCUUCCAUUGUAAAGGAAUUAGCAAAAGGUCUCGAUCCUCUGAAGACAUGUGAAACCGUUAAACUGUGUACAAAUGGAUCACGUGGUUAUGAUCAAGAAGAAGAAUCAAGAAAGGAAAUUGAAAAUGAAGCUAAGCGAGUAAAGGACAGUCUUGGGUGUCAAGUUUGUGAGUUUGUGGUACAGAUUGUGGAUGAAUAUAUCAAGAACAACUCCACAGGCGAGAGCAUCAAUACCACUGUCUAUAAAAUUUGUGCUCUGUUGCCAGAACCUAUCCAAGAUUUGUGUAAUCAAGCUGCUCCACAGAUAGUAAAAACAAUAGAAGAUGGCGUAGAUCCUAAAAAGGUGUGCACCGAAAUCAAACUAUGUCAGAGUGGAGCCAGAACAAUGUCCUUGACCAUACAAGGUGUAUCUUGUGAAAUGUGCCAUGGACUUGUCGAAGCCGUCUUACCCAGCCAGUACACAGAACUACUAGCAGUAAAAUUAUGUGAGAUCACGUGUCCACGUGAGCAGGUUCGACACCGGAGGUCCGUAGUGAAGAAGAUGUCUCAUUUCGAGGCUGAUCUCUUUAGAGCGGGGACAGAGAAAAUUAAAGUCAAAGUUGGCAGGGACAUUGAAUGCGAUGUAUGUACUUGGCUUGCGGAGGCCACAAAUAUAUUCCUUAAGGACAAUAAGACGGAAGAUUCCAUUGAAAAGUAUCUCGACGCCAUUUGCAAAUUUAUACCAGAGCCAUACAGUAAAACGUGUCAAGAUACUGUUCCUCUGAUAAUCAAAGAGUUGGAACAUGGUUUUGAACCCGAAAAACUAUGCAAAGAGUUAGUUCCAGAAGACUGCAAAAACGUAACCAAAGUGUUGGGAGAUAUGCCGGAAGUUUUUUCAUUUGUCCAGGAAAUCGAAGAGCCGAGUCAGAAAUGUGACCUUUGCAAAAAGGUCAUGAAGAUUUUUGCAGACGAACUUGAUAAAGAUGACGCCAAGGUUCUAGCUUACAUCGAAGACAUCUGCCAUCGCCUUCCAAACCCAACAAACAACGCUUGUUUAAAUUUCGUAAGCACAGAAUACACUGUGAUAGCUGAGAAGAUCAUUCAGAAGCUCUUAGACCCGACACAGGUGUGCGAGAUGGUCAAAGUUUGUCCUGAGGAGUAACAGACUGGGUGACGUUCGAAUCAAAGACUUCGAGUUUUGUUAUUAUACGCCAACAGUUGGGCAUGUUAUUAAAGUCGAUACAUUCUUGUUCGUUAAUAUUAAUUGAAACAUUUAUACCAUCAACACAAUAUUUGUGUCGUUAAAAUGAUUCAUUUUUGGUUUUGUUGUACUUUGAGGUAUGUUUACAUAUGUAUUAAUUGAUGCAAUUUACCACCGAAACGAAAAACAUUGUACAUAACUAACUUUUUGAUAAACAUGUUUACACUACAAUAAAUUUGAGUGAUGUGUAAACAGAAAUGUUUUUAAUAAAAUGAUGCUUCGUGAU